UUGUUAUUACAGAAAAUUGUUCUUCAGAAAAUGUUAAAAGGACAAUAGUCCACAUCUGUCUAACACGUUUAAGCUUGUGUUCCAGCAACACAAACAUUUCUGUAACUGAGUUGGAGCAUUCUAAUUUCGAUGACACCAAUUUACAACUAAGAAAACCAUGUUGUCAGAAGUGCAGUUUACCACGGCGGACUAUGUCGUAUGCGCAGUGGCUUUAUGCGUCUCGCUCGCCAUCGGUAUAUUCUAUGCCAUUUCUGGAGGUCGACAGGGCACCACCGCAGAAUAUCACCUAGGAAACCGAAAUCUUAACUUCCUGCCUGUAAUGCUGUCUUUAAUGGUGACGUCACAAUCGUCGAUUUUGAUUUUGGGUGUUCCAGCAGAGACCUAUCUCUUUGGUUUCCUGGCAACGUUUGCAGGUUUUGGGUUUUGGGGCGCCUAUUGGAUUUCAGCACGAAUAAUUAUUCCCGUAGUUUAUCCACUCCGAAUCACCAGUGUAAACGAAUAUUUUGAACUACGUUACCAAAGCAACCGAGUUCGGGUACUGACAACCUUCCUCUCCUUUUUAUUUUGGUUCAUAUAUAUAGGUAUUGUUACGUACGGGGUGUCCAUAGCGAUUGAAACAGUUUUGGGAGCCCCAGUUUGGUUGUCUAUAAUAAUCGUGUCGACUGGAAGUAUGAUCUAUACAGCUAUCGGAGGCAUCAAAGCUGUUAUAUGGACUGAUGUAAUUCAGUAUACGAUAAUGCUGAUAUCCGUCAUAGCUAUUCUCAUUAAGGGUUCAAUGAAGGUGGGAGGCGGCUCUGAGGUCCUUCGUAUUAAUUCAGAAGGAGACAGGCUCGAUAUAUGGAAUUUCAGCCCUGACCCCACCCUCCGCUACACCUUGUGGAAUGUUGUCAUUGGAAACAUCGCCAAGCUCUUCGCAUUUCCGUUGUCUCAGUCCUCAGUGCAAAGGAUCGGGUGUAUGCCGUCAAUAAAGGAAGCCUACAAAAUGUUUUUUAUUGUUGCUCCACUGAUGGCGUUGACUUUCUUUUUGGCGGGAAGUAUGGGCUUAGUUGCUUAUGCCUAUUUUUUCCAAGUUAGAUGUGAUCCAUUAAAAUCCAAAUUCAUAGGAAAUCCCAAUCAGCUUUUGCCUACCCUUGUUUCGGAGAUAUUUCAGGAAAAUCCGGGAAUGACUGGAUUGUUUAUUGCUGGUCUUUUCUGCGCCUCUCUAAGUACUGUGUCUAGUGGUUAUGCAGCAUUAUCUUCUAUGACCUUACAAGAUAUUAUUAAAAAGAGGUGGCGAAAAUUAUCAGAAAGAAAGUCGACUAUCGCAUCCAAACUAACAGUGGUGGUUGUCUCGUUUCUAACGACUGGUAUGGCGUUAAUGCUUGCCAAUGUUAAAGGGACUCUUCUAAAGCUUGCUCAAAUGGUGUUGACCAUUCCCACAGCACCAUUUACAGGAAUAAUACUCUACAGUAUUUUUUGCACAUCUGCAACAACAGCGGGAGCUAUUGUCGGUGGUGUGACGUCACUCUUGUUUUACAUUUGGAUGGCCAUCGGUAAUAUCGUGGUCAGCCCCCCGUCUGUUGAGAAGAAGCUUCCCCCGGCUCCAGUAGACCAGUGUAUAAGCAACUCCUCUAUGUUAGGCAGCCUAGCAUCUUCUAACAUUAGUAGCUUGAACUCCAGUCUUACAGGCAGCACAGUACCUUAUACCUUAGAAGGUUUCAAUAAGAUUUACACCUUAUCCUUUCAAUGGUUUGACGUCAUCGCCAUUUUCCUUGUGAUUGUAAUUGGUCUGAUUGUUAGCAGAAUCGCAGGAGCUCCAAAAGAAGAGGAAGUAGACGCAAGAUAUGUUUUGAGUUUUACUGAACAAUUUUUUCCAUAUUUACCAGAAAAAGUGAAACAUUUUCUUUCCUGUGGAUCAACAAUACCAAAGAGGCGCAAGCAAAUUCAAGCCGAAGAACGCCAAGAUAAUCAGCAAAUUUUGAUAGACGAAAAAUCCAGUGUAAAGAGACCUAGCGACAGUUGACAGAGCUGUAAGAAGAGUGGAUGGGACUACGAAAAUGGGGCAUUAAACAACCAAUUCAUACCACAGUGUUCAUGAAUUUCUUAGUUUUAUGUCAUCUCAAAUAUCAAAAGGUGUGUUUUAUGUGUAAAAUGUUAACAAUAAUUCACGCUUUAAUUGGUAUAUACAUGUAGUAUGUGUAUUUACAUGUACAUUUUAAAGUACAUUUAUGUAUACAGGCUGUCAUUGGGUUACCAGUUAUUCUAAAACUUGUCAAAAAAUUCAAGUAUCGAAUUUUUUCACACUGCAUGUCCUUAAGUUUACACUAUAUGUCAUGCAUUGUUUCAUGUUCUUGAUUCCUAAUAAGUUGAUCUUACAGGGAUAACAAGAACCUUGUCAGCAUUUCGUACAGUCUAUGGUCGUUAUAACGACCAUUUACUUAAUAUUAUUGAUCAUUGUUCCGUAUUGUGGCUGACACGUUUCAAUCUAAUUGUUAGGUCAUUUUAUGCCGAAUUUUACAAAGGAACUUAGUUUAAAGUUACAUGUUAUUUAUAUAUGUCAUGAGAAUUAAACAGUUCCAGAGACAUAAAGGUAAUCUUUUUCCAAACAUGGAAUGUGAAUAGCCACAUUAAAGAAUUACAAUACAAAUACACACAUAGAAGGAAUAUUAAAAAUCAUCUAUAAUGACAACCCAAAUAACUAAAAAGACAAUAUUAUACUUUAUGUGAUAAAUUGCAUUAUCAAUAAAAUUAUGCAAUGCUU